AGAGUGCGAAAAGUGAGCAAACACUGCAAAAAUUCAAAAGAACACAUCCCAAUCACUGUUAAACCGCCUAACAAAUAGUUGUUCAGCUAAAAUUGACGAAAACCAUUCUCCUGUACUCUGCUCAAGUGCUGAAGUAAUUGAAUAUUUUAGGAAGUUUCAGAUGUUCAAAACAUCAAUUCAACUCUUUCUUGUUUUUCCAUUUAUUUGCAGUGUAUCACGUCCUACAGUUAAACUGAUAAUUGACACCGAUGGGGUUUAUGAUGACAUUCGUGGAUUAACAAUUGCUUUGACAAACCAAAAUGUAGAAGUUAUUGCCAUUACAACUGUACAUGGAGGAGUUACAGCAAAUCAGUCAGCUGCGAAUGUUGCAAGGCUUCUUCGAGCAAUUGGGAAGCACAAUGUUCCAGUUUUCAUUGGAGCUCAAGAUUCGUUGGUUCCGAAAGGUCCUAUUCAAGUAUGGGAAGAACUUUUUGGUAGUGAUGGAAUUGGUGGAGUUCCUGAUGUCGAACCGAAAACUCUUCCAUCUGAUUUCAAUUCUGCUCAAGUUGGAAAUGCAGUAGAUGCAAUUAUAAAUUUGACAAAAUCAACCAAAGAUAUAAUACUAGUUGGUUUGGGACCACUGACGAAUAUUGCAAUGGCGAUUCGGAAAGAUCCAGACAUUUCGAAAAGAGUUAAACAGGUUGUGAUAAUGGGUGGGAACUAUCUUGGUGUUGGAAAUACUCAAUUCAAUUCAACUGCUGAAUUCAAUUUUCUAAUGGAUCCUGAGGCUGCACAUAUUGUUCUUUCAUCUCUUCAUACAACGAUGAUUCCAUGGGAUACUUGCUUCCUGAAAGGACCAGAAUACAAUGAGGAAGUUGAUUAUGAAGAAUCACUCAACCAGAAAACAAAAUUAUCAUAUUUUCUGAGCAAUAUAACUGCUCGUGGUCGACAAUACAACAAAGCAUCUGGACAAAUAUAUGCAUUUGUUGAUGAUAUUGCAGUUUCAGUGGCUAUUGAUCCCCGUAUUGCAGUGAGAAAUAUGACACUGUGUUCAAGUGUUGAAUUGAAAAAAGAAGCUGUGGCUCGAGGGCAGGUUACGGUAGAUUGGCUGACUACUAAAUAUGAUAUUGUGGAUCGUGCAUUCAAGACAUCAUCAAACAAAAAUGAUGCCAACUGGUUGUCUCAAACAUUUGUUACUGAAUACAAUGUGAAACGAGUUAAUGAAAUGCUCAUCAGAGCAGUCAAAUUAUCCGAUCAAAGUACGAGUUCAAAACUUCAAGACAACAUCAUAUUUAUUGCUGUUUAAUUCUAUUUUAGUAUUGGUGAAUAAACUGGACAUGGGUUUGCAUUGAAUAGUAACGUAUAACAACCUUUUCAAAAGGCUUUUGAUAAUAACUUCCUUAUAAAAGACCAUUUUUGAA